AUGGAACAUAUCAGCAACGCUUUCGACACCGUUCGGAGCUGGGGCCUGCCCACCAUCGCCCUCGUACUCGUGUUGCUGUAUCUAGUCAGCAAUGCAGUACAUGCGCUCACCAUUCACCCUCUGGCCAAAUUCCCAGGCCCGUGGUGGGCGGCACUGAGCCGCCUCCCCUUCUGUAUCGAGCGCAUGAGGGGUAACCAGGUUCAAUGGAUGCAUCGCCUACACCUCAAGUACGGGCCGGUGGUGCGCUUCUGCCCGGAUGAGGUCAGCUACGUGGACCAGGGCGGGUCGGCGUGGAAGGCCAUCUACGGGCAGGAAAAAGGGGUCAAGGAAUUCCCACGCGUCAGGGCGUGGUAUGUAGAGCCUUUCAAUGGAGUCCACCCCAUCACCAGCGUGCCCGCCCACGACGUCCACCGCAGGUUCCGCGCAGCCUUCUCGCCGGCCUUCUCUGAGCGCGCGCUGCGGAGCCAAGAGCCCUUGUUUCGACGGCAGAUCGAUCUCUUGGUUUCUAUCCUGGCCAGCGCCGCCGCCGAGACCGGGGAGCCGGCCAACCUGACCGAGCUCUUCGAAUUCACCACGUUCGACAUCAUGGGCGACCUGGCGCUGGGCGAGUCCCUGGGGAUGCUGCAGACGCAAAAGUACAGCAAGUGGAUGAGGUCGCUUGCCGCCGGCGUCCGCAUCAUGCCCGUCUUUCAGUUUAUCCAGCACUACCCUCUCGUGGCCAAGAUCUUUGACCUUUUGGAGCCGAAGUGGGCAACGCAGAUGAAGUUCGAGGCGUACCGGCAUACGGUCGACCGCGUCGACGCGAGGCUGGCGAGGGAGUCGUCUCAGGCCGACAUCUGGAGCUACGCACUUUCGGCAAAGGAAGAUCAGCGUCUCAGCCUGAAAGAAAUGCACUCCAACGCCGACAGUUUCAUGAUUGCUGGGUCGGAAACAACAGCAACUGCAAUGACGGCCUUGAUCUACUUCCUCACCACGAGCCCAAACAAAUUUUCCAGACUCAAAAAUGAGAUCCGCAGUCGGUUCUCAAGUGCGGAGGAAAUCACAAUGGAGACUACGGCCCCGUUGAAGUACUUGAAUGCCUGCAUCCAGGAAACACUCCGCAUCUACCCGCCGCUGCCCCUCGGAGUCCCCCGUGAGGUCCCGUCUCCCGGCGCCACCAUCCUGGGCCGAUGGGUGCCCGGGGGCACGCAAGUUUCGGUGCACCACUACGCGAGCAGCCACAGCCCGAGCAACUUCAAGGACCCCGAAACGUUCGCGCCGGAGCGGUGGCUUGCUCGCGAUGCGGCCGCCGGUGACGACGACGACAGCACCGACAGUGCGCGCUACAGGUCGGACCGGCUGGAGGCGUCGCAGCCGUUCAUCGUGGGGCCGCGCAGCUGCAUCGGAAAGAGCAUGGCGAUGCACGAGAUGCGGCUGGUGCUGGCCCGUCUUUUCUUCCGGUUCGACGUGCAGCUGGUUGCGGACGUCGGGGCGGCGCCGUGGAAUCAGCAAAAGGCCUUUGCGUUCUGGGACAAGAAGCCGCUGAUGUGCAGGAUCAAGCUGGCCAGCAGCGGUACAGAGACGUCGGGGAAGUGA